AUGUUUGAUUAGUCAUCUAGAGCAAAAGAAUAUUUGCACAUGAUUUUAAACAUAGCUAUAUCUUCACUUUUUGCAACAUUAGAACAACUUUUAAGUAAUAUUUAAGGGACCUUAAUUUGGGAUUUAGUAUUUAUUCCUUGCGGUAUAUUAUUUGCAUUAAUAUACAUAACUAAAUAUUUUCAUUGGAAUAAAGGUAUUGUAUCUAGAUUAAAUAGGUGAUUUGUCUUCUUUUUUUUUUUGGGCCCUCAUCGUAAAGAGAAUGUUUCUUUUCGGAAUUAAUGAAAGAGAGUUUGUCUACUUUUUAUUUGGAUUAUUAAAUGGAAUUUAUACAAACAAAUUAUAUAUUAAUGAUUCGAAAAAGUUUUAUUUGAAGUCUAAAACAAUUAUAUAAGUUAUUGUAAUAUUGGGUUUGAUAAUAGUAAAUUUGAUGAACUAAAAAAGAGAAAAUAAGAUAGCUUUGAUAACAAUAUUCAUAAUUGUUUCAAUUAUUUUAGGUAUAAAUGAUAAUAUUGAAAUGUAAAAUUAAACUAAAAAGUAAGAUGAUUAUUAAACAGAUUUGAAACAUAACUAAUUUGAAUUAAAAAAAUGUUAAACAACAAUAGUUUAAAUACAAUAAUAAUAAUUAUAAUAAUAUCAACAAAAAUCAAAUUGGGAAUAAUAUCAAUAGUAGACAGAUGAAUGGAUUUGCAAGAUGGAUGUGAACAAAUAUUCUUUAACAGAAAGUAUAAAUUCAAGUGAAUAGAAUUAUGCAAUGAAAAAAUCUUUAGGUGAUUACAAAAUUUCAAUAUCCCAAUUAUUUCAAAAUUUAAUGAUAACUAGUUAAACAACUAAUUUAUAAUAAUCAAUCAAUUUAUUGUCAGAAAUAGUUGAAACUAAUUCACUAUUCAGUUGGUUAGAAAAAAACUUUUUUUCUGAAAGUUCAGCAGGUAAAUUAGAAUAAGCAAAGUAAAAAUAAUAUAAAUAUGGUUUUGAUGGAAUUUAAGGAAUUUAAGAGGAUUAAAUGUCAAUUAUUUCUCCUUAAAAUGAAGGAAGAUGUACAAUAAAUAAAGAUCAAGUUUAUGAAUUAUCAGCAUUAUCAGCUUUUUAAUAACAUGGAGACAUGUAAGGAUCAAAUUCUGUUUUAUCAAAUAAGACUACUUUAGGGUGCUAUUUAGUUAUUAAUUAAACAAGGCUUGAAAUGAGUGUUUCAAUAUAUGUUAUGGAAGAUGAAUUUGAUAGUAAAAAAGCGAUUUUAGUUUUGGUUAUAAGGAAUAUAGAAAAAGAAACAAAAAAGUUAAAAAUAAGUUUAGAGAAUACUGAAUAAUAGAGAGUUAUAUUUUACAAAUACAUAUAAAGAGUAGCUGAUGAUGUUUGUCAAAUAUUAUAAUAAAUAGUACAGAUAAAAAAAUAAUUAGAUUAGCGUUAAAAGUAAUAUAUCAUAAUAAAUUAAAAGAGAAUUUGACAAGAUAAAGUAGACCAACUUUAUAUCAUUAUCAUUUUGUGAUGGCGAUGCAUUUAUAAAGUCGGAGAAAAUGAUAGGAGAUAUGAAAUUAUCUUAACAUUUAAGUGUACCUAUGUAAUCAGUUGUUCAAAAUUAAAAUUAAAGAGUGACAUCAUCUUUAACAUAAAAUCCUGAUAGUUAAGAGGAAUAAUUGUAGAAAUUAUACACUUUUUCCUAACCUGCUGAAUUAAUCAAAUAGAUAGAUAAAUGUUAAUACAAUGUAGUGUUGAUAGAACAAAAUAAUUUCAACUUUUUUGAAUUAUUUUCAAUAAGUGAAUAUAAAACAAAUAGAUUUAAUUUUAUAAAGAGUUUAAACAUUGUAAAGGAUUUAUUUAAGUUUGAUAGUUGUAUUUAGAAAUACAAUAUCACAAUAUCUUAUGAAUUGCAGAAUGAAAAUGAAAUGGAAUUGACAACAGAUAAAAGAAGAGUAAAAUAGGUGCUAAUAAAUUUAAUAAAAAAUUCUAUAUAAUGUUUUGAUUAUAAUUUAUAGAAAGGACAAGAUGAAAAAUUGACAUUAAUGUCAACUGAAUAAAAAUAAGAUAUAAAAGUUUAAAAUACAAUAAUAAUAAAGGCUUGGGCAGAUGAAGAUAAGAUAAAUGUAGAAAUAAUUGAUAACGGUGGUGGAAUUAAAAAAGAAAUGAUAAAAAAUAGAAUUUAAGAUUGUAAAUUAGGAUUAUUAGCAUGUUAAAAGAUUUUGAGGAAUCUUUCAUAUGAUCUUUAAAAACCGUUAGAGAUUAUCAAUUAUAUGAAAACUAAAGAUGGAAUAAAGGGGACAACUGUUUCAUUUACUUUAUCUAAAUAAUUUAUACCAACUUAAUGGAAUGAAGAAAAUAUAUUCACUGAUUCAUUAACUAUAAUCAAUAAAGUUGAAUUAAAUUGA